AUGUCUUUUCCACUUCCGCCGAGGGAGACUGUGCAAUGGGACAAACUCAGUCUUGCAGUCCAGGACGAGGUGAACGGACAUGUAGAAUCCACGUACACGGCCACGGAUGAGAAAUGGAGCGAGCCCAAGUUCGUGCAUGACCCAUACAUUCGGGUGCACGGUCUCUCACCGGCUCUCAACUACGGUAUGCAAGCCUACGAAGGAUUGAAGGCCCAUCGCGCCUCGGAUGGGACCAUUCACGUCUUCCGCCCUUCGGAGCACGCCGCGCGCCUCUCCUCGUCGGCUGCCUGCGUGUCCAUCCCUGCCAUCCCGGAAUCCCACUUCCUCAAAUGUGUCAAGCUCGCCGUGGCGCGAAAUAGUGAGUGGGUCGGCCCGAACAGCUCGGAGGCCCUGCUCUACGUGCGCCCACUGGUCUUUGGAAGCUCAGGGCACCUGGCACUUACGGCCCCUGCCGAGUUCACCUUUGCAGUUUACGUGCAGCCUGGAACCACGUACCAUGGUGUACAGCCUCUGCCUGCGUGCGUGAUCGAGGACUUCGACCGCGCUGCCCCACGUGGGACCGGCGGCGCCAAGGUUGGUGGCAACUAUGCACCGGCCAUUCGCUACACUGAUAGAGCCAGGGCUGAGGGUUUCCAUGUCACUCUGCACUUGGAUGCUCAGACACGCACCUGCGUCGAGGAGUUCUCGACCUCGGGCUUCGUGGGCAUCAAACAUGCCAAAGGAGACACUGGGACCGUUACAGUUGUGGUGCCCGAUUCGAACAACGUCGUGCAGAGCAUUACCAGCGACAGUGUUCUUGCACUUGCUCGCAGCUUCGGCUGGACCGUGGAGCAGCGUGAGAUCCCCUGGUCGGAGUGCAAGGAUUUCGAUGAGGUCGUCGCCGUUGGCACAGCCGCCUCCCUGCUCCCCAUCAGGCUUCUCGUGCGUCCUUCGACAGGGGACAAGUUCAUCUACGGAGAAACCGCCGGAGAAUGUACCGCAAAGCUGACAGCUGAGUUGAGACGGAUCAUGCGCGGAGAGGUCCAAGACUCAUUCGGUUGGUUGGACAAGGUGACUGCAGACGCGCUCCUCUAA